UGCAAUGAGCUGGAUGGACGCCCAGAACUAUUGCAGAGAACACUUUACAGACCUGGCCAUUCCUAGAAACCUGUCAGAGAAUGAGAAGAUAAGGGCAGUGAUCCCUGCAGGUGUUUACGGCUGGAUCAGCCUUUUCAGAACAACCUGGAAGUGGUCAGGCGGACCUAUGUAUGUGUUUCAACGCUGGAUAGGUGGCCAACCUGAUGGUGGGACGGGGACAUGUGGAGCUACAAAAUUUGAUCGAUCUGGUUACUGGGCAGACUGGUCAUGUGAUAUAAGGAAGCCCUUUAUCUGCCACCAUGACUCUGUGCCUUUCACAAAGCAAGUGGUGAAAGUGAAGCUGGUGGGAAACUCUGCUCUGGAUCUGAAUGACCCUGCUGUCCUGGAAAACCUGCAGGAGGAGCUCAAACAGAAGGUGAGGGAGAAUGGCGUGGAUGCAGAAAUCAGGCUGAGCUGGAAGAAACAAGUGGAUGGAAAGAUCUUCUACCAGGAGAAGGAGGAGGAGGACCAAAAGUGACACAAAGACAUGUUGAUGAGAAGCUGUUCAAUUAUUACUAUAUCCUUUAAUAUUAAACACACGCUAGACAUAAUAUUAACUAAUCAGCAAAAAUAUGUUUUGGUUUAGAACUACAACAAAACUCUUUCUUUUAUUACAGCUUUAGUCAUGCUCAAGGGCUUCAAUCCAAAAAAAGUGCGGAGUUCUGAGCUUUAUAGACCUGCUGGCGAGGCCUCAUUAGAGUUUAGAUUUGCAUGUAGAUUCACCUGGAACUGAUCGCCCCUACAAUGGACAGUCGUUUGGCUAAUUUUUUGCCAUGGCUUACAGGAGAUAUGUUGUGGUUACAAGCAGGUCUAUAAAGCUUAGAACUCCACACUA